AUGACAGAAAAUCCCCAGGCUACAGACGAUCCGGCGGCGGCGCGAGCUGCAGAGCAAGCACGCCUGCGCAAAGAACGCCGAGAAGCUAAGAUUAAAGCUGGAGCAGCCGCACGACUGAGCAAGAUCACAGGACUAGGAGGAGGUAUACAACGAGAUCCAGUACCACAGCUGUCGUCAGGAACUAGCACGCCACAAGAAACCUCAACUACAUCAACUCCAAUCACGAAACCCACCCAGGCCUCAGAACAGCAUGGAGACCCGGACGAAGUCGAUAUAUCGCAGCACUACUACGAGCCGAAUACAACCGCUCGCCCGCCGCCAAGCGCCACUCCACCCAACGACAUCUCCGAAGCUCAACUGCGGCAGAUGAUCCUCGGCCUCGAUCGCCAGUCCUCCGCCACCCCACCCCAACCGGGCCGGAACCCGCUCGACGGCCCCUUACCGCCGAUCCCCGGCGCGGAGGGCGCCGACGAAGACCCCAUGAUGAAGAUGCUCUCUCAAAUCAUGAACAACGGCAUGUCCGGCGGCGCAGGCGGUAACCCCUUCGCCGGAACGCCUAUGGAGGGUCUCCUCGGCAGUCUAGGCGGCAUGAACCCCAACGCCAGCGCCGGCCCCAGUAACCCCACGCAACAAGCGCAACAACCCCCACUCGACAAAAGCGCCAACCUCUGGCGCAUUCUCCACGCCGUAUUCGCGCUCGGCCUAGGCCUCUACGUCGCGCUAUCCACCACCUUCUCCGGCACGCUUACGGAGCGCGAGCACUCGGCCAUCAACACCACCACCACCACCACCACCACUACCGACGGCGCGGAUACAGACAGCGUAGAGCGCGCGCGCGCGUAUUUCUUCACCGUGUUUGCGUCGGUCGAGGCAUUAUUGCUGACGACGCGGUAUUUCUUGGAGAAAGGGCGGGAACCGCCCAAGGGCUGGGUGUGGACUGCGAGCGGGUUUUUGCCCGGGCGCGCGAGGACGUAUACACAGCAUGCGCUGCGCUAUUGGCAGAUGCUGAGCACGGUUAGGAGCGAUGCGCUGGUUUGUGUGUUUGUGCUGGGGGUUUGUUCGUGGUUGAGAUCGUGA